AUGUCGCGCUCGACAUUCAUCGCGGCCCGCAACUCGCGGCAUCGCACCGCAGCGCUGGCCUUGUAUCGUGCGCUCCUACGAACUGCGAGCAAGGUUCCCGUAUCAGCGGAAGAUGUGGUGCAAAAGGCAUCAAAAGACGUCAAGAAGAACCCGGUCGUUCGGAUCGUGAGGAAGCGUUUUGCAAAGAACACGCCGUAUACGAGUUUUAGGCUUAUAUAUGCGGCUAUGGCGGCGGGUUAUAAGUUCCUCAAUAUUCUUACAAAGGCGCAAACUCCCAAUUCUCCAGAGCAUAACCAAGUUAUGAAUCAUCUUCAAUCCGUGCGUCAAACCGCCAACGCAUCCCGCGCCGUCCCUCAGCCUCCGCGAAAGCCCGAUCCCCUACUCCCGCCUGAGCCCCUUCUCAUCAACGUCGCAAAAGCCGACGAACCCCCGAAAUACACAUCCAACAUUCUCCCUCGGUCAAGGGACUCGCUCAAAGGGCCCCGAAAAGUCCCCUCCGUUAGCGCCACCGCAGACGGCCAGCCGUUUGUACGACUCAAGAAACCCCAGCCCUAUGCCAUGUCCAAGAUGAUAGGCCGAAAGACCAACAUUUUCAACGACCGGAUCAUGAAUAUACUGGAUGUAGACGAGUGGACUGCCUCCCAGGCGGCUCUGGAAGAUGAGUGGGACCGCAUGAUGGACAAGUUGUUGGCAAAAGAGAACCCUGAGAAGACGGAAGGGCAAGCAUCCUCAAGGCGGCCAUACGGAGACGACUACUUCCCCAUGGGGGAAACAUUUGGGUGGAGUGUGCAGCUAUCACGGCUAUGGUGGGAAUGGAAAGUCGAGAAGACAUGGGAGGAUUGGACUGCCAGGGGAGAAGCUCUCCACGAGCUUGUCGAACAAGAGAGAUCCUUGGCUGAGAAGGAACAACGAGGAAGAAACGAAAACGACCUGUUGAAGAGGAACAACCGCCGAACUGCAGCACGAUCACGGCGAGACGCCCAUGAAUUCGACGACCCACCACCCAAUGUCGUCGUGAGCGAUGCUACAGGACUUCCACUCUUGGAAGCUCUCCGGAGCAAUCUGCCCGAAAGCACAGAGUCAGCACCAGACGAUGCACCGCACGAUCCAUUCUUGUCACCGGCCUGGGCUAGGCUCGUUAAAGCCGAAAGGGGGAGAAUGCUGACGUGGGCAAGAAGGCAUGUUGUCAGGCCAGAGAGGUGA